AUGUUUAAAAGUUUUGUUAGAUCUUUUUCCCAACAGUUUAAAGUCGGACAGGAAGCUAGCUUGCGAAAAAAGAUUUCUAGACAAGACAUAGAGAAAUUUAUAGAUGUCUCCGGGGACGCGAACGCGGUGCAUUCGGUUGCCGGUUCACAGAGGGCGCUGGUGCACGGCGCUUAUUUAAACUCGCUGGUGUCGUGCGUAAUGGGGACGAAACUUCCCGGAAGCGGAACUCUAGUCGUCAAACAAACUUUGAUCUUUCCAAACAAAUGUUUCGUCGACGACACUGUAACCGUGACUGUUCGACUCAUAGAGGUCAGGAAAAUAAUUAAAGUCGGGUUUAAGUGUGUAGUCGAUGAUGGCAACGGCUGUGGAGAUGAAAAGGUCGUUUUGUAUGGAGAUGCGCAGUUGAUUAUGGACAAACCUAAAUAA